CAUACAUAGUAUGUAAGCGCGCGUUUACGGUACAGCCUUCUAUCGAUCUGCGUCUAUCAUGCUGCAAUCUGCACCGAUAAUCCGUUCUUUCUCUUCCUCCCGGUCGUCAUGAGCGCGUGCGACGUCUAUUCAAAGGCACUUUUCCGUGUUGGACACGGUUAUCCUUUGUGGGACCCCGAGCCCACGAAGCACGGCGAAGUUCGCGUCGGAGACGUCGGCUUCCUCGCGGAUGGAGCGCUCUUUCGCCUCUUCAAUGUUCUUGCUCCUGCGGAUGAUGCGGUCCAAACAAAGUACGGAGUAUAUAAAGGCUAUGAGCCGUUCAAACGCAAAACCGACUACGGGAAUAACAAUGAACGCCACAUUGGACCGGGUCCGGUAUGCAGCAAGACGGUGAAGCAUCUCGGAGCAUCUGGCUCACUCAGUGUGCAAGGAGCGGGUGCAAGCUUUGAAUUCGAGUGCAUCGACGAACAAGGAGCGCUUCUGGUCUUGAAAGAAGGAGCUCACCGAAACGUCAUGCUUCCGAGCCGACGGCUGGCAAACUAUAUGAGCCGCAAUCUCGCUAAAUGGGUCUUAUUCGCUCAAGAUGACAACGACGUUGCUGUUCAGAAGGAGGCCAUCAUGUUGGUGACCGGCGUCAUCAAAACUACCGAAUGGGCUAUAGCAGCCUUUGUGCAUCAUGGACGCUCGGCUAAGGUGGCCUUCGAUGCGCAGGCUGCCUCGAUAGGCAAAGCUGCCUUUUCACUAACUAGCUCGAUGACCGUGAGCACUGCGCCUGAGCAGAAAGUCGGGCCCAGCUCCAGAUUUAAUACUGGAGAUCCUAAAUCCCCGAAAUCAGGAAAGCAGCAAACUGAAGCGCAGUCAGGAGGGCAAAAACACCAGAAGCAGUCGGGAAAGCAGCGCCCUCAGAAGCAGUCAGAGAAACAGCAGGGAAAACGGCCCAUGAAAAACAACAAGCGAAAUCAGCAACAGGAAGCUACGCACGACUCUGAAGAUGAUAACGACGAUCAGAAUAAUGAUGACGGUGACCGCAGCGCCAGUCAUGUUGUCGAGCCCAAACGUGAUCAAUGUGUCUUCGUGAAUUACUAUAAAGUGAAGUAUCGCCUAGGAUUCUGGCCGAGGGUGCUGAAAGCCGCUGCCGGCGAUCCAGACUUGCCUCCAGGACCUGAUGAUGAUCACAAUGAAGGCUCUGCCAGUGCUCGCAAUGGUGAUGACGUUACGGACGAGGACGUUGAAAUAGAACAUUUCCCGGUCUUUGAGAAGGCAUAUGACCCAGUGGAGUUCUUGCUGGACUAUAUUCUUAAAUAUUCCGAGGCAAACAUGGCAAUUGCUCAUGACCAGGAUAUAUUGCGGUUAUGCCAGCAACACAACACAGAGAUACCCAACAAUAUUCCGGAGUUUCUUGAGAUUGUUCGUCCGCUCAUCGAGGUUAACGAGGAUGGUCUUGGAAUACUCUCUCUUGAAGAUUUUUCGUUCAAUGAAGCCGACGGCACAAAUGAUCAAGCUAUUGCUGUGACCUCCCAUGAUCCUGCAAAAUACGAUACGUCCAAGGGUGAGGAUGAUGUCCACAAGUCGGACGAUAAAGUCGAAUGGAAAGUCGGAGGAUUUGGCGAUUCCAGGACCUUGGAUGAGCACACGGGCGGCAUUUGUGCCUUGGCAUAUUCUCCAAACGGCCGUUAUAUUGCCACUGGAUCCGAGAAUGCUAUUGUAACCAUCUGGGAUGCACAAAGUGGACGUCGUUUGCACACGUGCGAACAGCACAUGGAUGCAGUCUGCAGCCUUGCAUUUUCGCCUGACAGCACCCAGGUCGUCUCCGGCUCCCGGGACGGGACGGCUAUUGUGUGGGGAAUUGCAGAUGGCGCGCUUGUUAUAAUGCUCCGCGGUCAUCAAGGAUUCGUCUACUCCGUUUCCUGGUCACCAGACAAUAAGACCAUCGCCACUGGGUCUGUCGACUUCACAAUGCGCCUCUGGGAUGCUUCGACAGGCGCUCAACGCUCCAUCUCGGACGACCAUAGCGGCAUCGUCAUGCUCGUUGCCUUCUCUCCGGAUAGCACGCGCGUCGUCUCCGCUGGCGCUGAUUACAGCGCGCGCGUCUGGGAUGCGACAAAUGGUCAACAGAUAUCUGUAUACGAGGGGCACGAGGGCAUCAUCUACUCGAUGGCGUUUUCGCCUGAUAGUCGACGUAUCGUGUCGGGUUCGGACGAUGGGACGGCACGCAUCUGGUAUGCUCAAUCAGCAGAUGAGCUCGUCGCACUGCACAAACACGAUGGAUCUGUGUGGGCAGUGGCAUUCUCCCUAGAUUUAAAGAAGGUGCUUAGUGCUGCAAGCGACGGGACGGUCGAAGCGUCCGAUUCGUACACCGGAGAGUCCCUGCUGUCGAUAGGUGCCGAUGGUUCGCUCAUCAAUAUGGCGGCUUUCUCACACGACGGCAAACGUAUCUGCGCGAGUCUCGCGGACAACACCAUCAAAGUAUGGAAUGCGGAGACGGGAGCCGAAGUGAGCACCCUCACUGGCCACACAGACAAAGUCAGUCUCCUGCAGUUCGCGCCCAACGGCCAGCAAAUAGUAUCUGCGUCUGACGACGGUACACUUCGCCUAUGGAAUGUGUAAGGUGCAUGGUUGGGCAUCUCGAGGAGAGUAGAGAGAACGAUAUUCCGGCGUCGGUUGAUUGUUACUUCGGUUUCAUUGCUCUUCACGCCUCUAAUCAAUUCGUGUUUGGAUGCUUCGGUUCCAAUGUUAUCGCAUGGGUACAGGGUGGGAUGAAAAGGCCUAUAUAGUCUUUAUCAGAUACCCGGCAUAUUUUAGAAGUUUUAGGAUUCCGGGGAGAGUAGAGUCGGGAAAGGCACUGCAUCUGGUGAUUACAUGUGUUACUGAAACAGCGUUGCGAACUCGUCUACUAUGAACUACACUUACGGAAGCACCAACCCGAAAGCGAAAGAAUCAUUAUAUUGGGUG